AUGUCAUCGAAGACCCCACAAACAGAUUUGUCGCUUGAACGAUCUCGUCUCAAUGGAAUGGUGUUAGGCGGUGUAUCCUACGGCGUAUUCUUUCUCCUCACAGUACAAGCCUGGAUCGCUCUCAUGCAGCAGCCCCGAUUUGAGGGUAAAAUUGCAAGCCAUCGUCGCGCACUUCUGUUUUACAUCUUCAUUACGUUCGUAUUGCGGACCAUCAGCUUUGCUGCGAACGCGAAAUAUACGGAAAUGAUUUGGAUAGACCUUCGUGAUGCACCCAGUGGCCCGGCCGCAUUGAUCGAGCACGACAUGGAUUAUCGUAUCAACGUUGUGACGAUGUUCACUGGUCCAAUCCAGGAGUGGUUUAUGCAAGCUCUGCUCCUUCACCGAUGUUUUGUGAUAUGGGAUUGGGCGAGAUGCGUGAUGAUCCCGAUGAUCGCACUCUAUGUUACCAUGAUCGCGCUGUCUAUUUUCUGCCUGAUCCAGGCGAGCACCGGUGCCGUACUUUACAAUGUGAACAUCAUACUUGUCUACCUCUGCUUCCAAGUGGGGAUCACUGUGAUUUAUACUAUCCUCGUGGUGAAUCGUUUGCUCGCCAUGCGAAACAAGAUGAAGCAGUCCAUGACCCAAUAUAAUUCUGGCACCUAUGACACCAUCGCCAUUAUGGUCAUCGAGUCCUCCAUGUUAUACACUGCCUUCGCUAUGAUUUUCAUAGUCGCCUUUGCUCUACAUUUGAACAAUGUCACCACUGUAUGCUUCCUGUCUAUCAGCUCCAUUCAGGGAAUUUCCCAAUUAUUCAUUAUCCUUCGCGUCGCACGGGGGCGGGCAGUUACACACGAAUGGUCGACCCCAGUUACUGCAGUACCUAUGAGUGUGGGACUCGCAGGGUCUGUAUUGGAUACAACAGAAAAAUCCAAUCAUGGACGGAUAGAUAGGCCAGAGUAAUCUGUUGUUUAGACGCAUUAUGAGGAAUUUCUGCUUCUAGGCAGCAGAAGUAGACGUGUGUACUUGUGCGACAUUGUUUUAUACUUGUUUUAUACCUGAAUGUAAUCUUAUUUGCAAUGUUUGCGCUGCAGCCUGUUGAAGGGAUUUGUCUGAAGCAUCUUAAAAGACGGUAGACGUCUAAAGAGAAAGAACUCGUAUGAGUUCCCCAGUCGAGU